UAAAAAAGCUAAAUUUGUUGAAUAAAGAUAUCCAAAUCCUAAAUUAAGUAGACAACUCUAUUAUAAAAGAUUUUAAAUCGUCAUAAUAUACAUAUGAAAAUUUUAACCUAUUGAAUAGAGUCCAAUCAUCAACAAUUUCUCUCUCGUUCAGAAGGGAACAACCCCUUGUGAUUGCUGAGUUCUUCUCAUAUAAUUGGUGAGUUUUUAGCUUUUUCGAUGUUUUUUUGGGUUAAAAAUUGGAGUCUUUUUAAGUUAAUUUAUGCUUUUUUGGGAAGAAUUUUGAGUUAUAUACUUUUGCUUGUUUGUAUUAAAUCCUUUUAGUUCUUGUUGUAUUUUGCUUGUAAAUUUUGAGAAAAGAAAAAGAGGUUGAUUUGGAUGAAAUUUUGGUUUAACAGAUAGUCACAGAAUUUAUGGAAAAGAAGAUGAAAAAGGGGGAAAAGAUUUGUUUUUUCCUCUGAAAACCAAAUUAAAAGGUGAUCAUGAUACUUGAUUUUUUCACAAGGUUGGGUUCACUAGUUGAAACAAUAUGUAAAGGUAGUAAUGUUGUUGAUGAUGAUGAUAAUAGUUUUGAACGUUUGCCUGAUUGUCUGGUGAUUGAUAUUCUUAGUAGACUUCCAUCACAUUCUUUUCUUAGAUGUCGAUGGGUUUGUAGGCAUUGGAGAGCCUUAUUAGUCUCAUCACAACACUCUUUUACCAAUAUACAUCAUCUAUCUAGACAUACUACACCUAUGUUUAUCAUACAUGAUGAUUUAGCCAAAUAUGAUGCCAAAAGUGAUUUCGCAAAGCAUGGACAAGAUGUUUUUGUUUACAAUGAAAACAAGAAGAUUAAGAAAAAAAAGAAAGUUAUGUUUGAGAAACUUCAUCUCAAACCUGAGCUUAAGAUUAAUAAGGAUAAACCUUAUCUUUUAUAUUCUUGUGAAGGAGUUCUUAUGUUUGUUUCCUCCAAGUGGAAAUCUACUUAUUAUAUUGUCAACCCUAUAACACAAGAAGAAUUGACAGUACGAUAUACACUUGAUGAAGUUUUCGUAUGUGCUCUGUAUUUUUGUCCCUACACAAGACAAUUCAGAAUUCUUUUGGCACAACUACAAGAUACUUGUUGUACAUAUUUCGUACAUAUUGUAAAGAUAUGGAAGUGUGAGAAAAUUCAUUCGUCAAUCUCCUUCAACUUUUUGCCAAAUUGUUUCAAUCCUGUUGUUGUUAAUGGAGCAUUGCAUUGGAUCACGUUGCACGAUUUAAAAAGGAAAGGCAUUGCUCCUUGUGAAAACGGAAUUAUGGUUUUCAGAAUGGAUAAAGAAGAGUUGUUUACUAUGCCUCAUCCUCCUGUAAGUAAGGUUUGUAACUCAGAUAAAGAUCAUUUAGCUAUGAAACUUAUGGUGAAGGAUGAUCAUUUGUGUUUAUGUAACAUGAUUCUCCCAUGGUAUAUCGUGGAUAUGUGGUUGUUGGAGGACUAUGAGACGCGGUCAUGGAUCAAAAAGUAUAAGAUUAAUCUCUUAAAUGAGUGGAUUUUCCCUUUUAGUAAGCGUCUCAGAGAAAGAGAAAUUAGAUACAGGCAUGUUUGGGAUGUUAAGUUUUUGUACCUCCAAGAAAGUGGACUUUUGAUUUACUUGAUUCACUUGUAUGAUGAGGAGAUAUAUCUUUAUAAUUUAGAUCGUAGAACAGUAAAGAAACUUGAAUUGCCGCGAGAAAAAUUGUUGGCCUCCUCUUGUGAAUGGGCUCUUUAUCACAAGAGUUUUAUGGCAAUAGUCUAA